GUUCCUACCUGCACCUGUAACAGCGGUUGCCGCCUCCUGGUUUUGGUGUGUGGUUUGUUUGUUUUUCCCCUCCCCUCUGCCCUAGAGUUCUGGUUUCUCCAAUCAUUUUGGCGAAUAACCAACAGGUGGGCAGAUGUCUUUUCUCGCGCCAAGUGGGCAGCCAACGCUUCAUCUCCCAGCGGCUCUCGGGAUACAUUAGCAGUAAAGAGGGUCGUGCCCAAGAAUGAAAGGCUACUAACCAGGAAAGCCUGCCUGGCAUUCACCUGGGGAGCGAGCCUGGCAUCCACUCGCCGCGGUGCCUUCUUGUCGGAGUACACAGCACUGCAAGCCUCCAGCCACCGCCGCCGCCUCAGCAGCAAGCCGAAGUUGAAAGCGAGCGUCCUGGAAGAUCAGCAGCUGCAUUUAGCUAGGGUGUGGAGUUUUGAGUAACACACCUUCCAGAAAGAAGCCUGGUCUCCUCCAGACGGAGCAGAGCGACGCCACGUCCGGGCUUCUAAUUUGCUACCAGCUAGCGAUCUCUUGGCGGCCCGCGCAGCGCGAACUCGGAGGUCAGAAGAAGCCGGAGCAGCACCGGACCCUGCAGGGCUUCCAGCCAGCAGGCCUCUGGUGAGAGCCAUUGAAGGUGCCGCUCGAGCGCCGGAGACCAAAGGGAGAGAGGUGCCGCAGCUGAGGCGCUACCGCACCUGGGUCGCCCAGGGUCCUUGGGCGACUGGCCAUGGCCGAUAGCGGCGGCACCGGCAGCUCCAGCUCCUGGUGGAAAUCGCUCACUAACAGCCGGAAGAAAAGCAAGGAAGCAACCGUGGGGACACUGCCACCGGCUCAGUCUACCCCCGGGGAGCCCGCCCCGCCCGGCCCGGACUGGAAUAGUAGCUCCCGGGAGAACCAGCACCCGAAUCUCUUUGGAGGCGCCAACGAGCCCCACAAACCAGACAAGUUGUGCGGAGAGAAAUCAGGCAACAGUCGUAGAAAUUUGAAGAUCUCGCGUUCGGGUCGCUUUAAGGAGAAGAGGAAAGUGCGCGCCACUCUGCUCCCUGAAGGAGUCAGGUCUCCAGAGGAGGCGGGGUUCCCUGGUGACCCCCAAGAGGACAAGCAAUAAGCGGUGGCUGCUUAAAAUUGUCUCUCUUCCUCACCUCAUCCCAACCCUUUCCCAACUAUCCAUCCCCUCCCCGUUCUAAACCUGGGAUUUUUGACAGUCUCCUGUACUUGGUGUCUAAUUUCACCAAAUUCAGACUAUUCGCAUAAGCCUUCCACCAGUUUUAUUUUCCUGGAAAUCAAAGCCUCAACUGAGUUUUCAGCAUUCCAGAACUCAAGGAUGCAUUAACUGUUUGUGGUAUGAGAAGAUCUUGCCACAGCAGAAGUUGGCAUCAUCGUUUUGUUUUGUUUUGUUUUGUUUUUUGUUUUGUUUUCCUUUCAGAAAGCUCUUCCGUGACUUUCAUGGGUUGUAUAAUUUGUGGGAAUGAGGCUUGUUUCCUAAGAGAUGGUAGCUCAACUGGAACUUCGCAGCCCCUCGAAUCAGGAAGAAAUUCUCUGAUUCAGGCCACUUUAUUGCGAAGCAAAUCACAGCGCUGUUUUCAAUGCCUGAAAAAUGCACUUUAGAAGUACUUCGGUAGGAUUUUAUACCUUAAGGGAAGGGCUGGGAGACAGCUGAAGCUUUCUUAAGUAGAAUUUAAGUAAGGCAAGGUUGCCUUUAGUGUUGAACUACAA